CUUUUAUUAUGAAAAGUAUGCGUAAUUUCCCUUUCAACGCGCUGCUUGAUCACAGAAGGCAAACAAAACUGUGUGCGCAGGAUGUAAGUUUAUAUGGAAGUUUUCAGAAGCUCGUAUUAAAAUCAUGGACGAAGAGUUAACUGCUGAAUACAGUGAGCCAUGUGGCCAGUGCGCUGCUGUGGACUGGGGAGUUUCAGAUGGGGGACACUUCUUCUGCAAGAACUGCCACAAUGUGAUCGAGAAAACGAAGGAGGUGUUUGAUGAGUCCACCCUUCAUAGUAAAAACAGCAGGAUCUCAGCAUUAAAGAAAUCCAAGAGAAAGAGAGAGGAGGAUGACCGAGAGUGGAUGGUAUGUGAGGGAUUUCAGUUCAUCUUGAAACACCAGGCCAAGGCUUUGGUUAGUCUUGGUGUUUGCAUGAAGUUUGAGACAGAAGUUGUAUGGAAUUUCUGGAAGCGAUACCUGCAGAGCACUCGGCAAGCUUUCACAGAAACUCCAGUGUACACUCCAAGAUUUACAGUGUACUCGAAGAAGAAGAAGAGUGAGUCAGAGCCUGACAUUCAGAGCGAGCUGUCUUAUCACGGUAGUAGUGAGGCUACUUCAGAUAAUUCGGGAGCGUUGUCAUGCUCAGGUUACACCAGUGAAGGACAGUCAUCUCUUGAAUCUGCUCUAUACCGACAUUCAUUCCCUCUUAUGACCAUGCCACGGACGCUGGCCCUGUGCUAUCUGGCUCUGAUUUGGGUCCGAGAGGCCAUCACUCUGACUGACUUACUGAGGUUGGUCUCAGAGAGACGUGUCCCUUAUAUAGACAUUCAAGAUGUUUUUCCACAGGAGAUGAGACUGUUUGGAAGAGAUGUCGAAUUCUUUCGAGUUCGGAAACUUCCGCUCUACUCAGUGGUCCAUAGAGAAGCUUUGUUGCUGGCUAAGAUCAUGAAAUUACCUUCCUUCCCAACUGUUUCUCAGGACUGCCUUCUCCACCCACUUCCACUCACUGUUCGAUAUCUGCUGGAAGCAAACCUCCCAGAUGCCCUUCAUGUUUGGGUCCACAAGGUUAUAAAAGGGGCAGGUAUGGAUGAUGACUCCUUUCUGACCUUUGACCCCAACAGCGAGAGCCCUCAUCUCGUGCGCUAUGAGAUUGAGGCAGUAGCUGUCAUCAUUGUCACCAUGAAGCUCCUUUUCAAGUUGGAUGAUCAUGUGGAGUGGAAGAUAUCUGAAGCGGCCCAGAAGAAGAAAAAGGAAGUCUUCAGGUUAAACAGGUGGUUUGAGAUAGUACAACCCGUCUUGGAGAAAGCCAGACAGAAUGAGGAACGAGAAGAAGCCCUCCGGAAAUGGAAACCCACUAAUCCUUUCAUUACAUCUUUGGGCAGAAAGCACUUAAUCAUGAAAAAAAGACGCGUGGCUGAUUUUUUGGAGCACAGAUUCAGUAGGUUAAGUGACCCUGCACCAGAACAACUGCCUUCCACCACAAAACCUCACUCUAGCUUUCGCUUCAGCUGGGGAAAUGAAGAAGGUUCGGAUGGACCCAGUAUGUAUAACAGUCGUUUGGACUGUAUCUUCAGCAAAGAUGGGGUCAGAUACCUUGCCAACCAAAAAUACUGGCAUCCUGAACUGAGGUUAUGCGUAUCUAAGUCAUGCGGUGAUCAUUUCCCCGAAGUUGAGCCCUGGUUGCCCAGGAUGUACUCGUGGGUCCUUGAUCUUUUCUCUUUCAUUCUGGGGGUCCGUCAGGCAGAAGUGCACAAAGCGGUCCUCGACGUUGAACGCCGCUUCUUGAGAAGAAGUCAUUCUGCAUUUAAAUGGACUUAUAAAUCCCUCCAAAAUAAAAAAGUGAAGUCCAAAACUAGAAAUUGAUUUUUUUUUUUUUUUUUUUUUUUUUGGUGAAGUUGUCAUGUAAGAUUUUCACAUGUGUGCAUUAUUAUUUUCAAUAGUGUCUUACACAGUUUAUCUCUGUUAUGAGACUUGGAAUGAACAGUAUCUGUUGCCCUCAAAAUGUGUUACUUUUCUUGUAUUUAUUUUAUAUUUUGAUUAAAAAGAAAUACAACUUACAUUGGUUGUAGCUGCACAGAUGAACCAGCAGGGGGAGUAAUGCGCCUCUCAAUUGAGUGUUGAUAGAUUCUUUUGUCCUGCAGCUCACUAAAAUGGUUUUGUCUGUGAUUUGUGAAGGAAAAAUUGAUAGUUUUGUAAAAAAAAAAAUGUAAGUAAUUCUUCUGGUUAUAUCUACUGCUUGAGGGUUUUGUGUCCGAGCAGUUUUCUUAAAGUCUUUGUAUUAACAGACCUGGGUGAAGGAAACUAUUUCACCCUUUUCAGUUCAGUAAAUGACUUGUUUAGGAGAAUGUGGCCUUAUAUUUGACCAUACUGUGACUUCAAGUAAUUGCAUAUAAUAUACAUACUCCAGCUGUCCUGUUGCUCUAGAUUCUGCGGUCACGAAAUUAAACAAUACAUGUUCUUUCAAUAUGCCUCAAUUGUGGCAUAUUGUAUUGCGAAGUGACAAAUUUGUUGCUUAAAAAUCUCAUGAGAUAUUGAAAUAACACCAGAUGUGAUAAAGCUACUGAUGAAAAGA